AUGGAAUCAGUCAUGGCUUGUUGGGAACUUGAGCAAUCUCUGCAAAGCUUAACAGGCGUGGCACCUGGUGAAGGCACAGGUGCAACAAUGUCUGAUGAUGAAGAUGACCAGGCAGAUAGUGACACCAAUUUAUUUGAUGGAAGUCUGGAUGGGCCAGACAGCAUGGGAUUUGGUCCUCUUGUCCCAACUGAAACUGAGAGGUCCCUGAUGGAUCGAGUGCGGCUAGAGUUGAAGCAUGAGCUGAAACAGGGUUACAAGGAGAAGCUUGUGGACGUUAGGGAGGAAAUCUUACGCAAGCGAAGAGCAGGAAAAUUGCCGGGUGACACCACCUCCCUUUUAAAAGCUUGGUGGCAAUCACAUUCCAAGUGGCCUUAUCCAACUGAGGUAGACAAAGCAAGGUUGGUGCAGGAAACAGGAUUGCAAUUGAAGCAGAUUAAUAAUUGGUUCAUCAACCAAAGGAAAAGGAAUUGGCACAGUGACCCUUCAUCUUCUACAGUUCAGAAGAGCAAACGCAAGAAGUAGGCUAGUCGACACUUUUGUUUCUUGAAAUAUAUAUAGUAUUCUCUUGGAAGCUCUUUGCCAACUUUUACUUGGGAAAAAAGCAAUGCAGGGUGCAACAAGUAAUGAGCACUUCCAUGCACAACGGAGAAAUCUUAAACCCAAGAAACCGGUUAGUGUCUCUCUCUUUUUGCGUCUAAAACUUGGACAAGUUCAGCACUAGAAUACAUACUAAAGCAAGCGUACCAAUAGAGGAUUGGCUGACAAACAAUUGCUGAAGUUGUCUGGAGAUGUUUUGUAUAAGCUCUGCCGAAAACUAUCAUCAUAUAGAUGAAGCUGUUGUUUCCUACCGUGCUAGUGUUUGACCCCUACACGAAUCAAAGUCGGUCGAUUACUUGGUGCUUCAACUCACACCGAUGCAUAUGAGAUCUGUAGCACCAUUUCAUUAUAGAGGUUGAAUGUUAGACCAUGUGAAAAAGGAUCAAGGUCCGUUCGAAUAAUUUUGCUUUUCCUUUUGUACCAUAUGCUGAUAAACUUCUAAUUUGUUCCCUCUGCUUUUAUUUUUCGAACGAAAAUGGCUAUGGGAUCUGGGUGUAUAAUGUAAUGUCUAUUAUUUUUUUGUGAUUUUUGGAGCUGUUGCCCUUGUAAAUUGACCAGAAAUGUGUUUAAGAGGACAUGCUGCAUGACUUUAUGCAUAACCAAAUACACAUAUAGAGAGGCAAGAAAGAAAUAGGGUUAAUUAUGGAACUAUGAUCUCUGUUUUUGAUUGCUAGUGAUAAGUUGGAACACUUGUCCCCUCUUUUGUAUGAUGUUCUG